AAGCUUAAAGAUGAAACUAAAUCUAAAUUUGCUGCUGUUGCUGCUUGGCUUGAUUGCCUGUGCUUGGGCUUAUCCCAAUCCCAAUGCCAAUCCUGAUAUUCAGAUCUAUGAGCCGGAAAACCAAUUGCUGGAACAGGAGAUUGCAUCGUCGCCCUAUGAGCAGCAGCUGCUGGCGGAGGAGGGGGAGUCGGAAGAGGAGUCGGAGCAACUGCAUCGCAUACGUCGCCAGCUGAAUGUCCAAGGCGGUGGCAGUCCGCGUCAAGGCUUCGACUUGAGCGUCAAUGGACGUGCCCCGGUGUGGCAGAGUCCAAACGGACGCCAUUCGCUGGAUGCUACGGGACAAUACUCACAGCAUCUGGGCGGACCCUAUGGCAAUAGCAGACCCAACUGGGGCGCCGGUGCGAUGUACACGUUCCGUUUCUAGGCUGCGAUUGUUAAACUUAAAUAAUUAAUU